AUGCCCGUGAUCUCCGGAUAUACUUCCGCUGCCGCUCUGAUUGUGGCCACUUCCCAGAUCAAAGGACUCUUGGGCUUAAAGUUCGAUGCCGACAGCUUCGUCGAUACGGUCACGAAGGUCAUCGCACACGCCGGGGAGGCUAAAGUCUACGACAGUGACAUUAGGGCAGGGUUGCCUGAAAUUAAAUUUCCUGGAUUUUCCUAUGUAAAUACCGAAGGGAAUAACAUAAGUUUUAUUAAUGUAUUAGAAGAUCUAGGUGUUGGCCUAAUAUCUCUGACUGUCGUAGCUAUAUCUAGCCACAUAGUCGUCGCUAAGAUAUUCACAAGGGGGACUAGAUUAAAGGCAUCGCAAGAAAUAAUAGCUAUGGGAGCUUCAAAUCUUUUAGGAAGCUUCGUUGGUUCGAUGCCAGUUUGCGCAUCCUUUUCAAGAAGCGCAGUUAACAACACGAGCGACGUGGACCAACAGACGUAUUGGGUCAUCACCCCAAUUAAGGGUUUAUUGUUCCCUUCGAGUGCCUACCUCCAGAAGAAGGUAAUAUACCAAGCACAGAAUUAUAAUACGCCAGAAAUGUCCAUUGUAGUGUUCAACCUAACGCACGUAGCCCAGACUGACUACUCCACUGGCCAGGUCUUGAAAGAAGUAAUAACAGAUUUAAAACGGACUUUUAAAGACUGCAUUAUAAUUAAUGCGAACAAUACUGUAUUGAAACAGUUGCAGCUACUUCUUCCUAACCUUGAUUUUGUGAGUUCUCUAGAACCAGCUACAAAGAGGUUCAGUUUUAUAUCGUUGGGAUCAACGAGGAAAAGAUUGAGUGUGAUUUCUUUAGAGCCUAUUCAGAAAAAAAUGAACGAUUUACCUCAGGAGCUCCAAGAUGUAAGUAACAAAUAUUCUUAA